AUGAUAGAUUCAUCAACGAAAUCUCAUAAAUCAAUAAACUGGAAAAGGUACUCAAAAAAUUGGGAGUUUAAACUAGCCAUAUUUGUCAUACUAUAUUUCAUAUUUUCACAUGUUGUUCUAGAAAAUACAAACAAAGUAAAAGAAAAGGGGUUGAAAAAUCAUCUAAAAGUUUUACCAGAAGAAGUUAUAAAUUACUAUGACAAAUCCACAACUUUAACAAAUACUGAUAAAUUAGCAUAUAUGCAAUAUGCAACAAAUUAUGAUUAUUUAAACCUUGCAAUUUUAAAUUUCGUUCAAUUAAGAAAAUCAAAUACAAAAAUUCCAAAUUUAGUUAUAAUAUAUGAUGAAAUCUUACUGUUCUAUGCAAGUAAUAGAUGGAAUAAUUUAUAUCAAAUUGCAAAUCAUUAUAAUAUAACAUUAAAGUCAACUUCAUUAAUAAAAGCAAAUUAUAUUGAUAAUACACCAUGGGCUGCAUCUUUCACAAAAUUUCAUAUUUUUAAUCAAGAUGAAUUUGAUAGAAUAGUUUAUUUUGAUUCUGAUUCAAUGUUUGUAAAUGCUCAUAUUAAUGACGAUAAUGAAUUUGAAAAUACUUAUGUUAAUAUUGAUGAAUUGUUUAAAAUUCCAAAAGAGAUUGAAUUUGCAUUACCUCAGGCUUAUUGGUUAAAUGACGUAGUUGAAGGGAAGUCACCAUUAAAAAGUAAGAAAAUAGAUAUUCCAAAUGAUAGAAGACAUGGACUUCGAAUGAAAAAAGUAGUCAAUGAUAUCUCAGUAACAAACGAUUGGAAACUUCUACCACUGCUAUUGUACGAAAAACACAAAUUUGAGAAUGUUGAUAAUUUUUUUGCUAAUCAUAUAAUGGUCAUUAAACCGUCGAAAGAUACAUUUAAUAAAUUGAUGAAAUAUGUUAAUAAUCCGUUUUAUUGGUCAUUCACAAACAGAAAAAACUUAAGGACAUCAACAGAUUAUGAUAUGGAAAUACUAAACAAAUAUUUGGAUAAUGAAUUGCGUAAUAGUAAAAUCAAUGUUGGUAUAUUACCUCAUAGAAUCUAUGGAGUAUUAACUGGAGAGUUUGGAGAAGAAUGGCAUGAAAGAUUUGUAGUUGAACCACAAUAUUUACCAUUCAUACAAAAGAAUUCAAAUAAAGGUUGGGAUCCAAUAAAAUUUUUCAAGAAAUUAAAGUUGAUUCAUUUUUCAGAUAAUCCAAUUCCAAAACCAUGGGAAGAUGAAAAUAAUGAACAACCAUAUAAUAAUAAAAGAAUAUUUUGUAAAAAUGGUAAUAUGACUGAAUAUGAUGAAAAAUAUCCAUUCUUCAAGCCUAAAUUAAUUGAUGAUUGUGAUAGUGUGAAAAUUUGGAAUUGGUUUAGAGAUCAAUUUAAUGAAAGAAGACAAGGUCUUUGGUUUGCUGGUUAA